UGCGCUGGACGGUGCAUCCGCCUGGGGAGGGACAGUGGGAGGAGCUGAGCGCGCUGGAUGCGGAGCUGGGCGGGGCCGUUCGCACCUUCGAGGUGUGCUCGGGGCGGGGCGGGGGCGGGGCCGAGCGCGACCACGCCCCCGCGCGGGGCCGGAGCCCCGCCCAGCACAGCUGGAGCCCCGCCCAGAACAGCUGGCUCCGGUCGCGCUGGGUGCCCCGCGGCGCCGCCACCACCGUGAUGGCCGAGAUCCGGUUCACCGUCAUGGCCUGCGACAGCCUCGGGGCGGCACCGGGGGGACCGGGGACACCGGGCAGGACGCGGGCGGCGCGGGGGAUACCGGACAGGGACAGCGACAGUGACAGCCUGGGGGGGACACGGGACAGCGACAGCCGGCUGGAGGGACAGGGGACACCGGGGACAUUGGGGACACAGGACACUGACAGGGACAGGGACAGCGACAGUGACAGCCUGGGGGGGACACGGGACAGCGACAGCCGGCAGGAGGGACAGGGGACACCGGGGACAUUGGGGACACAGGACAUUGACAGGGACAGGGACAGGGACAACCUGCCCAGGACACAGGGGACAGCUGGGGCAGCUCCAGACACACCUGGGGACACACCUGGACACGCCCCCGGGCAUCCCCUUGGCAACCUCGAUCUCCAUGGCAACAACCCCAAACACCUCAGUCUUCAUGAAAAUUACCCAAAACCCAUCAAUCUCCGUGGAAGUGACACCAAAACUGUUGAUCUCAAGGGAAAGGACCCUAAACCCCUCAAUAUCCAUGGCAACCACCCCGAACCCCUCGAUCUCCAUGGAAAUGACCCAAAACAUGUUGGUCUCCAUGGACACCACCCUGAACCCCUUGAUGUCCAGGGAAAGGACCCAAAACCUAUUGAUCUCCAUGGAAACAACCCCGAACCCCUCGAUCUCCAUGGAAACGACCCCGAACCCCUCGAUCUCCAUGGAAACCACCCCAAACCCCUCGAUCUCCAUGGAAACCACCCCGAACCCCUCAAUCUGCACCCGUUCCACCCGCCGGGCCCCGCCCGCCGCCGCCGCAGCGCCCCCCGCACGUGCAAGGAGACGUUCUCGGUGUUCUACCACGAGUCGGACGCCGACACGGCCACGGCCACGUCGCCGCCCUGGAUGGAGAACCCCUACGUGAAGGUGGACACGGUGGCGGCCGAGCACCUGGCGCGGCCGGGCGGGCCCCGGGGCCGCGUCAACCGCAAGGUGCUGCGGCUGGGCCCGCUGCGCCGCGCCGGCUUCUACCUGGCCUUCCAGGACCUGGGCGCCUGCAUGGCGCUGCUCUCGGUGCGCCUCUUCUUCCGCCGCUGCCCCGCCGCCACCGCGCGCCUCGCCCGCUUCCCCGGCACCGUGCCCGCCGAGCUGGUGGCGCCCGUGCCCGGCGAGUGCGUGCCGGGCGCCGUGCCCGCCGCCGAGGGCACGCCGCUGAUGUACUGCCGCGAGGACGGGCAGUGGGCCGAGCCCCCGGCCCUGGGCUGCGUGUGCGGGAUCGGGAUGGAGCCCAGCGAGGGAACGGGGUGUCGGCCGUGUCCCCCCCAGACGUUCAAGGCGGAGCCGGGCGGGGGUCGGUGCCGGCCCUGCCCCCCCCAGAGCGAAGCCCCCUCCCCCGGGGCCGCCGGGUGCCGCUGCCGGCCGGGCUCCUACCGGGGCCACGGGGAGGGACCCGCGGAACCGUGCUCCGCGCCCCCCUCGGCCCCCCGAGCCCUCCAGGCCCACGUGAACGGCUCCGGUGUCCGUCUGUCCUGGAGCCCCCCCCGCGCGGGGGCGGAGCGUGCGGACCUGCGGUACCACGUGACGUGCCGCGCCUGCCCCGCCCCCCGCGGCCAGGCCCCGCCCCCCGCGUGCGGGCCCUGCGGGGGCGUGGCCUGGGCGCCGCCCCCCGACCCGCGCGGGCUGCGCGGCCAAUCGGUGAGCGUGGCCGGGCUGCGGCCGGGGGUCACCUACAGCUUCCGGGUCACUGCCCGCAGCGGGGUCACGGCCCCGGGGUCGCCGCCCCCCGAGCCCCCCGCGGCCGAGAUCAACGUGACGGCCGGGGCUGACGUGCCGCCGCCCGUGUCGGACGUGGUGCGGGUGGGGGGGGGGCCCGGGGGGGUCACCCUGGCCUGGCCCAGCCCCCCCCCGGCGCCCCCCGUGCUGGACUGGGAGGUGAAGGUCUACGAGAAGGUGGGGGGCGGGGAGGGGCCCCCCCAGUUUGUGACGGUGCCGCGGCCGCGGGCGGAGCUGGGGGGGCUGCGCCGGGGGGGCCUCUACGGGGUGCGGGUCCGGGCCCGCUCCGAGGGCGGCUACGGCGACUUCGGGCCCGAGACCACGGUCAGCGCCCCGGGCAGCGAGGGGGCCCGGGCGGGUCCCGGGGGGGUCGUGGCCGGAGCCGCCGCCCUGGGGGGGCUCCUGGUGCUGGCGCUGCUGGGGGGGGCCCUGCUCGCCCUCAGGCGUUGGCGGCUCCGGGCGGAGAAGCAGCGACGGGAGCCCAACCCCGGGGGGGCCGGUGGGAAGCUCUACAUCGACCCCCUGACGUACGAGGACCCCGAGGUGGCGCUGAGGGAUUUCGCGCAGGAGAUCGACGUCACCUGCGUCACCAUCGAGGAGGUCAUCGGGGCAGGUGAGUUUGGCGAGGUGUGGCGCGGGCGCCUGUCGCUGCCCGGCCAGCCCGAGGCCGAGGUGGCCGUGAAGACGCUCAAGGGCGGCGCGGGGGAGCGGCAGCGCCGGGAGUUCCUGCGGGAGGCGGCGCGAAUGGCGCAGUUCCUGCACCCCAACGUGCUGCGGCUGCGCGGCGUGGUCAGCGCGGGGAGCCCCGCCAUGAUCGUCACCGAGUUCCUGCUCCACGGGGCGCUGGACGCCUUCCUCAGGGGCCGGGAGGGGACGCUGUCCCCGCUCCAGCUGGUGGCCAUGCUGCGCGGCAUCGCGGCCGGGAUGCGCUACCUGGCCGAGGCCGGCUUCGUGCACCGCGACCUGGCGGCCAGGAACAUCCUGGUGGACGCGCACCUGGUCUGCAAGGUGUCCGACUUUGGGCUGUCGCGGGCGCUGGACGGGGACAGGGACAACGACCCCACCUACACCAGCUCCCUGGGCGGGAAGAUCCCGAUCCGCUGGACGGCGCCCGAGGCCAUCGCGUUCCGCACCUUCACCUCGGCCAGCGACGCCUGGAGCUACGGCAUCGUCAUGUGGGAGGUGCUGAGCUUUGGGGAGAGGCCCUACUGGGACAUGUCCAACCAGGACGUGAUCAACGCCAUCGAGCAGGAUUACCGGCUGCCGCCGCCGCCGCGCUGCCCGCCCGCGCUGCACCGGCUGAUGCUGCAGUGCUGGCAGCGCGAGCGCCACGCCCGCCCCACCUUCCCGCACCUGGUGCGCGCCCUGGACCGGCUCAUCCGGCACCCGCAGAGCCUGCGCAGCCCCUCCCCCUCCUGCCUGGAGCCCGCCCCCCCCAAGGCCGAGCCCACCCCCACCCCCCCCUCGGGGGGGCACCUGGAGCCCCUCGGGGUCACCGGGCUGGAGCUGCUGCCCCACCUGAGCAGAGAGGACCUGCUGCGCAUGGGGGUGACACUGCCGGGGCAGCAGAGCCCCCCCAAAGGGGACCCCCAGUGCUGACACGGCAAGAUGGCCGCCGGGGAGAGGCGCCAAGGGAUGCAGAUGGAUGGGGGAGCAAGAUGGCUGCCAGGACAAGAUGGCUGCCAGGACUCUAUGGCCACUAGGGACAAUAUGGCCGCUGGGGGCAAUAUGGCUGCCAAUCCAAUAUGGCCACCAGAACAACAUGGCUGCCAAUCUAAUGUGGCUGCCAGGGACAAUAUGGCCGCAAUUCUAAUGUGGCCACCAAUCCAAUAUGGCUGCCCAUUCAAUAUGGCUACCAGGACAACAUGGCUGCCAUUCCAACAUGGUCUCCAAUCCAACAUGGCUGCCUUUCCAAUAUGGCUGCCAGGACAAUAAAGCUCCACCCACCAAUGACUCAUGGGUGGGGCAAUCUCAGGGGUGGAGCCUGUGUGGGCGUGGCCACAAAUGGGCAUGGACAUAAAUGGGUGUGGUCGUCGAUGGGCGUGGCCUCAUUGCUUUUAUUGUCCCAAUGCUGGUCACGGCCAAUAAACGUGGUUGAUGCAAAUGAGGGGGCGUGGCUGUGCCCGAGCUGUCCCCAAGGUGUCACCAAGGGCCAACCCGGCCCUGAGUGUCCCCAAGGUCCCCAAAAUCCCCAUUCCUGUCCCCAAAAUCCCCAUUGCUGUCCCCAAGGUCCCCCUGGGUGUCCCCAGGGCCACCCUGCUCCCAGCUGUCCCCAUAACCCCACGUGUCCUCGCUGUCCCAGCUGUCCCCACGGCCACCCCCAAUGUCCCCAAGGCCACUCUUGAUGUCCCCGAUGUCCCCAUGGCCCCCAAUGUCCCCAAAGCCACCGCCCAUGUCCCCGCAGUCGCCGCUGUCCCCAAGGCCGCCCCCGAUGUCCCCGAUGUCCCCAAUGUCCCCGCUGUCCCCCGCCAGCGCCCCGGCCGUGCCACGCAGGGUCCAGGCCAGCAGCGCCAGCCGCAGCUGGACACUGUCCCCAAGUGUCCCCUCAUGGUCACCGGGUGUCCCCUCAUGGUCACCGGGUGUCCCCUCAUGGUCUCCAGGUGUCCCUUUGUUGUCCUCAGGUGUCCCCACAUUGUC